AACUUAGCCUGAACUAAAGCCUGAUCAUCUCGUUUGGAAAAACAAUGAAGACAGUAUUAUGUGUUGGACCAGCCCAGUAGUUUGUGAAAUACUUUUCCCUGGCCCACUUGUCUCUCACAGUUAUUGGGCUUUAGGUUUUCGAAUAUGUUUCUAUUGGGCCUUGUUUCUCUUUCUGCGGGCCUACCGUUCUUUUUUCUCUCUCUCUGUGGCAAACCAACAAACAUCCCCUUCUGGCUUCUGCUAUCUUUGCUUCCAUGGCGCAUGGAGUUUCCCGUUAAUCCAUCCCGUUUCAAAUCCCUCAAUUUCCACAUAUGGCUCUUAUCAUCCAAAAAUCCCUAAGUAUUACGUUCAAGUUUCCUCUUUGGGUUUCUGUUUAACAGCUGAGUUUGGUUGACCGAUAUGGGUUUAACGGAGGACGCGAUCACCGAGCCAGUGAAUCGACACCGGCUCUCAUCGAAUUUGUGAAGGGGAUUGCUGGGUUUCCGGCGUUCAGAAAGUUUAAGCUCUCUGUUUGAGAAAUUGAAAGGCAAUACAUGGAGCCCUCAAAGUCCAAAGACGCGUUUGAGCAGUUGAGGCGCUGCGAGUAGUUUUUCUUCGCUAUGAGGCCCCUCAAGUGGGUCAUAGAUGACAGCGAACACUAUCUAUCGGAUUAACAUCUCAGACAGACUGCAAAUGAAGAAUAUGCUAAUGAUGUUUUGGAUCUCAACUCUCUUUCUUUCUUUCCAUCUGCCUUCAAUAGUUUCAGCGACAUGUCCUGAAGAGCAAAGAUCAUUGCUUAUGAAACUCAAGGAAGAAUUUUCGAUGAACUCUGACAUUGAAUCAAAGCUUUCUUCAUGGUCUACAGAAACUGAUUGUUGCUUCUGGAAUGGCAUCACUUGUGAUUCUGAAACUGGGAAUGUUAUUGGCCUUGACCUUAGUGAUUGCUCUAUUUCUGUUGGUAUUAAUAGCUCUAGCAGCAUCUUCAAUCUUCAACACCUUCAGAGACUCAACUUGGCCUAUAAUUACUUUCAGUUUCAACUGAACACCAUAUCGUCGGGUUUUGGUAACCUUUCACACUUAACUCAUCUCAAUCUAUCUAAUUCAGGUUUUGCAGGACAAAUUCCUCUUGUCAUAUCAUCUAUGCGGAACUUGAUUUCUCUUGAUAUAUCUUACUCAUCAAUAUUGAAGCUCCAGGAUCCAGAUUUGGCUACCCUCCUCAAUAAUCUGACAAACUUGAGGGAGCUUCUCCUUGAUGGGGUGAAUAUCUCUAUGAAUGGUCAUGAGUGGUGUCAAAUCCUUGUGGAAAAAGUCCCUCACCUUCGUGUGUUGAGCUUAUCAAAUUGUAAUCUUUUCGGACCAAUCCAUGAUUCUCUCUUGCAGCUUCAACACCUUGCUCAUCUCAAUUUAGGUGGAAACGAGCUUUCUUCAGUCUUUCCUGAUUUUUUAACAAGCUUCUCAUAUUUAACGUCUUUGCGCCUGGGUGGAUGCAACUUACAUGGCUGGUUCCCUGAAAGUAUUUUCCUCAUGGCUACCCUUCAAAUUAUUGACGUUUCUGGUAACCCUCUUCUCAAAGGUAGUCUGCCAGAAUUUUCUCAAGCUAGUUCACUUCAAGUUAUCCGUCUCUCCUCAACAAAGUUUUCAGGGAAACUUCCUGAAUCAAUGGACAAUUUGGCGUCUUUAACAGAACUGCAACUUGCUGAGUGUGACUUUUUUGGGUCAAUUCAAUCCUCAUUCGAGAGCUUCACUGAUCUUGUUUACCUUGAUCUUUCAAGCAACAAUUUCAGUGGUUCGAUUCCGGGACUGAUCUCGUCAAGGAAGAUCAGCCAUGUUGACCUGUCAAAUAAUGGAUUCACAGGGACAAUUCCGUCAUCUUUUGGAAAAGGGCUUGUCAAGCUCAAAAUUUUUGACCUUCAUAACAACUCUCUUCAUGGGAUGAUUCCUUCAUCUCUAUUCAUCCAUCCUCGCAUUGAGCAGUUGAUACUUCGUAGCAACAAGCUCACUGGACAGCUCAAAGAGUUUGAGAAUGCAUCAUACUCAUUAUUGAAGGUAAUAGAUUUGAGCAAAAAUCAGCUGAAGGGACCGGUGCCCCUAUCGUUUUUUGAGAUAAGAGGGCUUGCUCGACUCGAACUUUAUUCCAACUUUUUUAAUGGCACCGUGGAGGCUAGCAUGUUUAAAGGUCUUAAGGGCCUUACAACACUUGACCUCUCGGAUAAUAAUUUGUCGUUCAUUACAAAUGACAGUGAUGUAUCCAUACUGUCAGAAAUUGCUACAUUCCGUAUGGGAUCUUGCAAUAUAACCCAAUUCCCAGUUUUCUUGAAAAAUUCAGGGUUCCUGUUCCAUAUUGACCUUUCCAACAAUAGGAUUACAGGUGAAAUACCAAAUUGGAUUUGGAAAUUUGCUGACUUAUCACACUUAAACCUAUCCCGGAACAUGCUUCAUGGUUUUGAAAAACCUGUUCCUGAUCUUUCCCUAAUCACCUCCUUGUCUGUUCUCGAUCUUCACUCCAAUAUGCUCCAUCAGCCCUUUCUGAAUCCGCCGCCAAAUAUUGUAUACUUAGAUUACUCCAAUAAUAAAUUCUCAUCAACCAUUCCUUUGAAUAUUGGCUACUCGCUAUAUUUUGCUAUAUUCAUAUCCUUCUCAAACAAUAGUCUUUCUGGUGAACUCCCUUUGUCACUUUGCCGAAUCGGUUACGCACAGAUUCUUGAUGUCUCUGAUAAUCACUUCAAUGGCGCCAUUCCAUCAUGCUUAGCUUUGGUUGACUCCUUGCAGGUGCUUAAACUAAGAAAUAAUAGAUUUCAAGGAGUAAUGCCCAGGAAAUUUGGUGAGGAAUGCAGUUUGAGAACUCUUGACUUGAGUCAGAAUCAUUUAGUUGGGGUUCUUCCAAGGUCAUUGGAAAAAUGUACAAGUCUAGAGGUUCUAGAUCUUGGGACCAAUCAACUGAAUGGUUCAUUUCCUUCUUGGUUGGAUACAUUGCCCAUGUUGCGAGUUCUUGUCUUGCGGUCCAACAACUUUAGUGGUUUGAUCAGGCAAUCUCAUACUGAUAAGGCCUUCCAAAUGCUUCAAAUCAUCGAUCUCUCUUCCAAUAAUUUUCAAGGCACUUUGCCUUCUGAAUGGUUUCGGAGUUGGGAGGCAAUGAUGAAGCAAAAGAAGGAAUCACAAUCAUAUCAAGUUCUCAAAGUCACAUUCUUGGAGCUGAGCGGAAUGUAUUAUCAAGAUUCGGUGAUUAUGACAAGCAAAGGGCUAGAGAUGAACUUUGAGAAGAUACUCACUAUCUUCACAUCUAUCAGUUUAUCAGAUAACCAAUUCAAAGGGGAUAUUCCUGAGUCUUUGGCGAACCUUGUAUCCCUUAAAUCACUGAACUUGUCAAAGAACCACUUCACAGGCCUGAUUCCACGUACACUCAUGAAUCUUAAAGAGAUUGAAUCUCUUGAUCUCUCAGAAAAUAAACUCUCUGGGAAGAUUCCUGCAGGCCUAGCAACAUUGACAUUUCUCUCAGUCUUUAAUGUCUCAGAGAAUUCUCUUGCAGGGGAAAUACCGCAAGGACCUCAAUUCAACACUUUCUCGGCAGCUUCAUUUGAAGGAAAUACUGAACUGUGUGGCCUUCCACUGCCUAGAGAUUGCCAGAAUGAAUUGCCACCAGCAAAUACAAGUCAAAGCUCAAGAGCCCCCAGUUCUCACUGGGGUAUUGAUCGGGAUUUUUUCUGGAUUGGGUUUGGUUUUGGAGAAGGAACAGGCACGGUUCUUGGAGUUAUUGCUGGCAUUUUUAUCAGUAAUAUGUGUUUGAGCAAAAGAAUUGGAAGAUUUUCGUGUAGGAGCAUUCGUCCAUUGUAGCUUCCGAAGAACAUAACCAACUCAUUGCAUUAUAUAUUUACAUGAUUUCUGUAGAUAUGUAUCUCUUUCUGCAUACGAUAGUUUCAUUGUGAUGAUACUUUUCAAUACCACAGAAUCAAUAUUGUCGUUUCUCUAAGCACAAUUUGAUGUUUAA